AUGUCUACCCAAAAAGCCGUUAUCGUCACCCAGCCCAAAACCGCAGGUCUUGUCACGGACCGGGCCAUUCCCACUCUGCGGGAUGACUACGUUCUUGUCAAGACUGUCAGCGUUGGGUUGAAUCCCACCGACUGGAAGCAUGUUGAGUACCUGUCCCCACCUGGUGUGCUCCUUGGAUGUGACUUUGCCGGCACCGUCGAGGCCGUUGGCAAGAAUGUCAAGAAGCCAUGGAAGAAGGGCGACCGCAUCUGUGGUUUCACUCACGGCGGAAACGCCGUCCAGCCCGAGGAUGGCUCCUUCGCCGAGUACAUCGUCGUGAAGGGUGACGUUCAGAUGAAGAUCCCCGACAAUAUGAGCUUCCAGGAAGCUGCCACCCUCGGAGUCGGUAUCAACACUGUCGGACAGGGUCUCUACCAGAGCUUGAAGCUCGCCCUUCCCACUGAGCCCAUCAAGGAUGCUACUCCGAUUCUCAUCUACGGCGGUUCCACUGCCACCGGUUCUCUGGCGAUCCAGUUUGCCAAGCUGUCCGGCUACAAGGUCCUGACCACUUGUUCCCCGCAUAACUUCGAUUUCGUCCGCAGCCUGGGUGCGGAUGUCGUGUUCAACUACAAGGAUCCUCAGUCCCCCGCUGAGAUCCGCAAGCAAACCAACAACAACCUGAAGCUUGUGUUCGACUGUAUUUCACUCGGGCCUAGCGCCGAGUUCUGUGACAAAGCAAUCUCCACCGAGGGCGGCGAUUACAGUGCUCUUUUGCCAAUUAACAUUGAGCGUGCCAACGUCAAUGAUCGUUCUACCCUGGCUUACACUGUCGUUGGCGAGGCCUUCCAGUUUGGUCAAACUUCCAUGCCCGCUAAGCCUGAAGACUUCGCCCAUGCCCAGAAGUUCAACCCUAUUGCCCAGUCGCUGCUGGCCUCCGGUAAGGUCAAGGUCCACCCUCCUAAGGUUGGCAAGAACGGUCUGCAGGGUGUUCCGGAAGGCCUGGAACUGCUGAAGGCCGAUAAGGUCAGCGGUGAGAAGCUCGUCUUCAACGUGGAGGAAACCCCUUGA